UAAACCCUAAGCACAACGACUUCUACACAAAACACAAUUUGAGUGCAUUUCGUGGUUGUUGAGAAAAUAUCAUGGGCAAUCCUAGAGUUUUCUUUGAUAUGACCAUCGGCGGCCAGCCGGCCGGCCGUAUAGUGAUGGAGUUGUUCGCCGAUACGACUCCCCAGACGGCCGAGAACUUCCGUGCUCUCUGCACUGGCGAGAAGGGCGUUGGAAAGUCCGGCAAGCCCUUGCACUACAAGGGCUCCACCUUCCACCGUGUGAUCCCCAACUUCAUGUGCCAGGGCGGCGAUUUCACCGCCGGAAACGGCACCGGAGGAGAGUCGAUCUACGGAUCGAAGUUCAAGGACGAGAAUUUCGUGAAGAAGCACACCGGUCCUGGCAUCCUGUCCAUGGCCAAUGCCGGCCCUAACACCAACGGCUCUCAGUUCUUCAUCUGCACGGCGAAGACCGAGUGGCUGGACGGCAAGCACGUGGUGUUCGGCCAGGUGGUUGAAGGUUUGGACGUGGUGAAGAAGGUGGAGCAGGUUGGAUCCGGCUCCGGGAGGUGCUCAAAGCCGGUGGUCGUCGCCGACUGUGGUCAACUCUCUUAAAUCUGAUGAUUAACCCUUAAUCCCGUGAUUAUCUAUCUGAAUCACUGUCUAAAAUUAAAAACCUUUUAUCUUCCCUUCUGAUUUGGAUGUACUGUGUGUGGUUGAAAGUAUUGUGUACGGAUUAUCGUUUCAGGUCUUCCAUCGCCUGAUUACUGAACCGUCAAAAUAAAUUACUUCACUUAUCAUAA